GCUGCUGAAGAAGCCUCGAAAAGCCAAUCGACUCUGCAACUAGGCGCCACAACAACCCGCCCCGGUUCAUAUUUGCCGGCUUCAGACUGCUUCUCCGCCGUGCCGGACGCCUUUGAUCUCCUAUCCACCACCGCGUUGACUUUCCGUGGCCGACACGCGACUCCUCCCCAGAUUAUACAUUUGGUGGUUUGGAUUUUAGCUGCGUGCAAUGGAUGAGGUUUCUCCAGAAAGUAGAGUUUCAUAUUCUUCUAUGGCUAAUCUACAAAAGCAGAAUGAAAAAUUUUAUGCUGUCGAAGACUACGAUGAUCCUUCUGCAUGGGCAUUAACAGAUCACCCCAACCCAGACAAAAAUGAUCACCAUUAUCCAUACCCAUCACUGGAUUCCGAUGAUUUAAAUGAAGGAGGUUAUGAUUCCAGUGAUGAUCAGUAUGGUUAUGUGCAUCACAGUGGUCCUCCUGAAGUUAACCUGAGAAAUGUGUUGAGUGGGAUAUUUGCCAUAGUUACAGGACGCAAUAAAGGUGCAAUUUCUAAUAUAGCUUCUCAAACGCCCACUUCAAAUGUAUCAUUUCUUGGAUCUGGAAAGAAUGGAGAGGCAUUCUUGCAUUCUUCGGUAUACACACCCAGUGCACCACCACUCAAUGAGCUUAAUGCGUGUGAUUAUAAUGCUUAUAGGGAGGUUUUGGAAUCUGAACCUCCAGAGUGGCUUAACGACAGUUCAACUAAUGUAUGCAUGCAGUGUACAUCCCCCUUCACUGCCAUAACGCGUGGAAGGCAUCAUUGCCGAUUUUGUGGAGGAAUAUUUUGUAGGGCGUGUUCAAAAGGGAGAUGCUUAUUGCCUGUAAAGUUUAGAGAGAGAAACCCACAGCGUGUUUGUGACACCUGUUAUGAGAGGCUUGAUCCGUUGCAGGGUAUACUGAUCCAUGGGAUUAGCAAUGCUAUGCAGGCCGCAAAGCAUGAUGUGAUGGACUGGACUUGCUCCAGAGCCUGGUUGAAUCUUCCUGUUGGUUUCUCAAUGGAGUAUGAGAUAUACAAGUCAACUAAUUCUUUGAGGAGCUAUACCCAGGUUGCUCGGUUGAAUCCCGAGCGGUCUAUACCUGCAGCUGUGCUGAAAGGAGCCAGAGGUCUUGCAAUAUUGACUGUCGCCAAAGCGGGUGCUCUUGUUACGUACAAACUGGGGACUGGUCUGGUUGUCGUUCGAAGAACAGAUGGGUCAUGGUCUGCACCAUCAGCAAUAGUCUCAAUGGGUUUGGGAUGGGGUCCACAGGUUGGAGGGGAGCUCAUGGACUUCAUAAUUGUGCUACAUGACUCUAAAGCCGUAAAAACAUUUUGUAGCCGCAUGCACUUUUCUCUUGGAGCUGGAUGCAGUGUUGCGGCUGGUCCAGUUGGAAGGGUUUUGGAGGCAGAUGUUCGUGCUGGAGACAAAGGUUCUGGGAUGUGCUAUACUUACAGUUGUAGUAAAGGUGCAUUUGUUGGAGUAUCACUGGAGGGAAACAUUGUUGCAACCAGAAUGGAUACCAAUCUUCGGUUUUACGGUGAUCCAUAUCUUACUACCGCCGAUAUCCUUCUUGGGACAGUAGUGGAAAGACCAAGAGCUGCCAAGCCGUUGUACAAUGCCCUUGAUAAUCUCUAUGCCAAGGUUCCAUUGCAGAUUGACACAGAGUCCCUAUGAGAAUCUCUUCAUUCUUCUUUAAAGCACAGACUGGUGUAAAAGUGUACAGUGUCAUAUAGUGUCAUAUAGACCAGGAUGAUUUGCUAUUCAUUUACGCGCAGUUAAGCUGUGUGUGUACAUAUAUGCUGACAAUUGUGAAAUUGGUUACUACGUAUUAUGAUGCAUCUUCAUUUGGUUCUUAUUUAGUCUCCUUUUUUUUGGCUUCAUCCAACUACAACAUAGACCUACACACUAUUAAAAAAAAAAAAUACUACUGGGUA